UGGAAAUUUAGAUCGCACUAUACGGGUUCAGAACUUCGAGAACAGAUUAUAUUUGGUUUUCUGUCCGGAUCCGGAAUGAAUGGAAAGGUGUGACUGAUCGAGGAUAGAUCUGUAGUAAUCACGGUGGGAUAGACACUGAUUUAGACGAAGAGUUGUGAGAUCUGGAUGAUCUCAAAGAGAUCCGCAUCUAAAGAAUCUAAAUGUGAAACGAUCUCGCCCUCUGUAGCCGAUGUAGAUGUUAGCGCACAACUACAUGUUCAAAGAAAUAGUGAAGUUAAUCCAUAAAGCGACUCUCCUCCGAAUUCGAUCGAAAAAAGAGUCAAUACUUUCCCAAGAAUUCGGGAUCGUAUCCGUCCUUUCACGUACACUAUUGUCACGAACAAAAAUUUUGAAAAUCCAGGGGAACUUUAGGCAGCCACUUUGUGGUAGAACAAGCAAAAUGGUGCACGUUUUCAACGAGACUACGAAGACCUUCUACCAGGUCCACUUGAAGAAGGUCGCGCAACUUCCUUCUUCCGCCGUCCAGAAGCGUCAGAAGAAGGCCGAGUACGUCAAGAAGCUCUUGGUAUUGCUAUCUUGGCUUAACUUUUUGUCGUCUUCUCGAUUCAUCUACAGGGGGUGCUCCAUGUGCAGGAUUCACAACCUAUCCCACCCUUACACGUUUGUUACCUGCCUUUGUUGCACCCCAAUAGAAUAUUGGGUUCGUAAAUAAUCGUCCUCGACCUGAUGAAGAUAGUUGAACUCGAGGUAAUAAAUAAGUUGUACACCGAUGCAAGCAUGAUGACAAAACCCAAUUAGGCUCUGACAGGCGGCCUCCGUCUGAUGGAGGUUUCCUAAAUGCUCUAGAAUUACCCUGAACACUUGCUGCUGUGUUAGAACUCCAUUCAAUUUCUCGAAGUGAGUUGAUUAGAUGAAAUAAAAAUUGCAUUAUCAACAUUCAAUUUCAAAUUUUUCACUCAGGCCCUCGAGACCGCCAAGCCGGUCAAGUGCAUUUACACCGAUAAAAAGGCGGAGUAAAUUGUGCUGCUCCUUCUAGGCACGACGAUGCUUACGUUUUGACGCGGUCUGAUCGCGGUCUUCGACGGGUUACUAAGUAGAGGUUUGCACUUCCAUGAAGGCGAAAUAUGUUGGUCACAUCAGCUUUAGAAGACGUUGCGAGCUUCAGAUGUUGGAGAUCAUCGGAGGGCCAUGUUGACGCUUUGCUGAGAAAACGAGACUGAGGCUACCAAAGCUUGUAC